UGGCCAUGGAAAAAGUUGCCUUACUGUUCAAAUCUCCGGUCGGCAAUUUAUGAGAACCAUUAAAUAUUGAUCCAACAAAAAAAGAAGUCAGACAAAAUGAAUUCCAAAACUUGUAUAUUCUUCGGCUUUCUCCUUGCAUUUGUUCUUCUCAUCUCUUCGGCUGUAGUGGCAGAGACAUCCAACGAUGACAACAAACUGGAGGCGGCAGAGGGAACAAACCAAGUAGAAAAUGCAAAGUACUAUAGAUGCAGAAAAUACUGUUAUCGCUAUGGCCACCAUGGAUAUCCCAUAAGAUACUGUUGCUACCAGCCUGGCGACUCUCCUCACACCGAAACUACGGAUGAAGCUAUCUCUAAACAAGAAGAACCAAACCCGGUAGAUGACACAAUGGAUGCCGGACAUGGAGGAGCCCAUAAAGGAGGCGGAACAGGUGGCAAGGGUGGAGGUGGUAGAGCGAGUACCGGUGGCAACGGAGGUGGAAAGGGAGGAGGCGGCAGCGGAGGUGGAAAGGGAGGCAGCAGCAGUGGAGGUGGCGGAGGUGGCAAGGGUGGAGGAGGAGGUGGUGGUGGAAAAGGUGGAGGAGGUGGUGGUGGUGGAGGAGACAAUAAUAUUUGAGUCAAUAAUGGAUCAGGGACAUGAAGUAGCGGCUGUGGAGGCAAGUCAUGAAUCCAAGCCGUAAAAGUAGAGCCUGAAAAUAUGCACCAAGCUAUGGCUCGAGCAAAAACGCACAUAUAUAUAUAUAUAUAUAAAUCUAUAUCAUGUACAUGGAGUUUGAAGAGUUGAUAAAUAGAUUGCAUGCAGUACCCCCAA